GAUCUUACACUGUAUCCCAGGUUGGUCUGGAACUAGGAACAAUCCUCCUGCCUCAACCUCUCAAGUGCCUCGACUACAGGUCUGAGCCAGCACCCACCGCAACAGUAACUAAAAUGAUAAGCACAAGAGAAGUAUUCCUCAUCUAAAACACACCAACUCUGAAUGUUAAUUAACUCAGUCUCUCCAGGAGUGGCACGUGGAAAACACUGCCCUGUGCCAAUCAGAAAGCGUCAAUCUUCACUACCCGCUAGAGACGGCAGGAUGUCAUGGAUUGUCAUGAAGGUUCUAGCAAUUCAUCUCACUGGCAAUGGAGAGCAUCAGUAACUGGAAAGAAAAUGCAGUUUGGGAGCUUGGAGGUUAGAAAGCUUCAGCAGAGCAACAGAGGGCGCAAUAACCCCUUCUCUCCGGAGCCUGCUGGCCGCUGCUCCUGCGCGCGAGCCGAGCCCCGCCCCUCCCUCUGGGCUCUGGCCACUCAGAGAACUCUGAGCAGAGUGAUUGACAGGACGGCCGUCCGCGGCGUUGCGUAAGCGCUUCACUCCGGAAACGGUGACUUCCUUGUGCUUCCGGCCAACGCUCUCCCAGCAUCCCUCGCGUGCCGGCCCUGCCGCAGCUCGCCCGGCCGCCGCCGCGGGCCUUGCGCGCUGGAUUUUGAGCGCGCGUCUGCCCGGGGCUGGGCCCGGGACGCGGCUGCGCGGCAUGGCGCAGCUGGAGGGCUACUACUUCUCGGCCGCCCUGAGCUGCACCUUCCUGGUGUCCUGCCUGCUCUUCUCCGCCUUCAGCCGUGCCCUGCGCGAGCCCUACAUGGACGAGAUCUUCCACCUGCCGCAGGCGCAGCGCUACUGCGAGGGCCGCUUCUCCCUGUCGCAGUGGGAUCCUAUGAUUACGACGUUGCCCGGCUUGUACCUGGUGUCAGUUGGAGUGGUCAAACCCGCCAGCUGGAUCCUUGGAUGGUCUGAACACGUUGUCUGUUCCAUGGGAAUGCUCAGAUUUGUUAAUCUUCUCUUCAGUGUUGGCAACUUCUAUUUACUGUAUUUGCUUUUCAGAAAGGUACAACCCAGAAACAAGGCUUCUUCAAGUAUCCAGAGAAUCUUGUCAACAUUAACCCUGGCACUAUUUCCGAUCCUCUAUUUCUUUAACUUCCUUUAUUAUACAGAACCCGGGUCUGUGUUCUUUACUCUUUUUGCCUACUUGAUGUGUCUUUAUGGCAAUCAUAGGACUUCAGCCUUGCUUGGGUUUUGUGGAUUCAUGUUUCGUCAGACCAAUAUCGUCUGGGCUGCCUUCUGUGCGGGACACAUCAUUGCACAGAAGUUCAGUGAGGCCUGGAAAACUGAGCUGCAGAAGAAGAAGGAAGAGAGACUUCCCCCUGUGAAAGGACCAUUUUCAGAACUCAGAAGAGUUCUUCACUUUCUUCUGGUGUACUCUAUGUCGUUUAAGAACCUGAGUAUGCUUUUCCUUUUGACCUGGCCCUACAUCCUCCUGCUGGUUGCAUUUCUUGUGUUUGUGGUAGUUAAUGGUGGGAUUGUUAUUGGUGACCGGAGUAGUCAUGAAGCCUGUCUUCAUUUUCCUCAGUUAUUCUACUUUUUCUCAUUUACUGUUUUUUUUUCCUUCCCUCACCUACUUUCUUCUACAAAAGUCAAGACUUUUCUUAGCUUAGUUUGGAAUCGUAGAGUUCAGUUCUCUGUGAUUCUGGUAGUCUCGGUAUUCUUUGUUUGGAGAUUCACUUACGUCCAUAAGUAUUUACUGGCGGACAAUAGGCAUUACACAUUUUACGUUUGGAAAAGGGUAUUUCAGAGACAUGAAAUUGUGAAAUAUUUAUUAGUUCCAGCCUACAUGUUUGCUGGUUGGACCAUAGCUGACUCUUUGAAAUCAAAGUCAAUUUUCUGGAAUUUAAUGUUUUUUGUAUGCUUAGUCACUUCUACAGUUCCUCAGAAACUACUGGAAUUCCGUUACUUCAUUUUACCGUAUAUUAUAUAUAGGCUUAACAUACCUCUGCCACCUGUAUCUAGACUUGUUUGUGAACUUGGUUGUUACACAGUUGUUAAUUUUCUAACUUUUUAUAUCUUUCUGAACAAGCCUUUCCAGUGGCCAGAUAAUCAGGACAUACAAAGGUUUAUGUGGUAAUGGCAGCAAUAUUUUGAAUUUUAAAAGUAGACUUUCUACAACAAAUAACUGGGUAUGUAGAAGUGGAAUUCCUUUUAUAUAAAUUCAGGGAAGUUGAAUGAAAAGCAUUAAGUUUGAGGCCAGCCUAGAAGCCUGACUAAUGAUGAUAGAGUAGCUAGCAGUUGUCUUGAGAAGCACUGGCGCUGCCGGCUUCCCAGGUCUGGGCACUUUCUGUGUGCACAUGGAGGGUGCUGGGAAAGCCCCGCAGCCCUCGAACCAGGACAUCAAAGAAUUUGAAAACCAUUUACAAUGAACUAGCAGUAUUUCUGAGUAAGUGGACAGUUAUUGCAGUAAAUAUAGCUCCGAUCUUAAAUUAGAAUGGAUUUAUAGACAUAACAAAUCAUGAGCUAGAGGCUUUGGGAUGUUUUUCUAGGAAUCAGGUUUUUUAAUUAAAAAUGCAGAAGUAGGGAAGCCAUUUGAACUAAUUCCUAAUUUGAUGUUUCUUCAGGCCAAAGAUAAACCCUGUUAAUUAGAAUACCUGUUACAGAUAAUCUUUCUGUUAACUACCUCGGGCUCAUGUACAAAAAUAACUGCAAACCUCGCGGCUUAGAACUUUCCCUCACAUACUUAGAAGAGCCUCACCUGGACUCAGUGCUACCAUAGCUCUCUCCUUCAGAAGAAGGGAGUCCAUUGUCCCUGCUCAGCUCACUCCAGCAAUUGUUUGGGGUGCCUUAUAUUUGGACAGGUCCCUCCAGUCUGCCUGUGUCUUCACAGGGUUGUUUCCAAGGGCUUCUUAUACAGAUAAGGCCUUUGGAUUUAGGGGUCCUCUGAUUCAGGCUGGCUUUACCUGGGGACUCCUGGUUAUUAUCUGUAAAACAUUUUCAAGUCAGGUCCCAUUCACAAGUUCCAGGUAUACAUCAUCUUGUUUGGGGGAAUGUAGUAACUUUUUAGGAGAUGUCCUUGCUAAGGUCUUUUGAGUUAAAGUUUGUCUUUAACUGAGAGACCAAAAUCAAUCAAUCAAACAAAAGAGGUCUGAAUUCAUAUAAUUUAAAUUGUUCCUCUAGCCAGUCAAACCAGAAGAACUCAGAGGUGAGACGUCAUUGGUUUAGCUUUAUCUUAUAAUUUAGGGAACAGUAUUGGAUAUGACUCUGGGAUUUUUUUUCUUUUGGCUCUGUUUACUGUUUAUUCAUUUUAUUAAAUUCAAGUUUAAUAAUUUAGUAGAAGUUUUUUUCAUUCAACUGUUACUUCAUUACAGACACACAGACAUUUGAUUAGUUGUGUGCUGUGAUUGUAAACCCAGAAAUGUGAAUAGAGUUUACUUUUUAGCCCAGUUUUCUUUCUGAGUUUUACACAUGUACACAUGCACACGCACGCACAAAGGGACCAAAAACUUUGCUUUAAUUGUUGGAUUAUGUUUUCUUAGAGUUUUAAAUAUGUGUAAAUUUGUAUAUAAGUUUAAAAACUACUUGAAUAAAAGUUACACACGUAGUCCUGAGUGGUCAGUUAGCACAGACCAUCACUUUUUGAUAUUUGAAGGUGACUCCAGUAAAACAGUGGUGGAGUUGUGAGCAGAUCCAAAGGCGUCCUCCAUUUCUGCCUUCACAGUGGAUUUAUUAUGAUAGAGAACUAAGUCCAGGAAGGUGAGAUUGCAAACAUGUGCUGUCUGCUGCUGCCUUUCAUAUCUAGGAACACUGAGGGGAUGGAGGAAACACUUUGUCCCACGUGAUGAAAGGAGACUGCUUUUACAGGCCCUUCUGAAUUAGACAUUGUGGAGGUCUACAGGGAGACAAGGGAGCAGUCUACACUGCUUUCCAUAAGUAUUGAUAGUAGGACUUGGCAUUCCAGAAAAGGAGGCCAUGAAUUAAAAGGUGCUAUUUAUUUUUCACUAUGAUUUAAAAAUGGAUGUAUGUUGAUGCUUUAUAGGGUAGAUGCUUGGUUAAAUCUUCCUGGGCAGUUGACAAUAAGAUGGUCAUUUGCUGGUGAAUUUCUCAGUCUUUGUCACUAAAUGAGUAUGUGAGAGAAAUGAGCUUCACACAGCAGGUGUCACCUUUGGUUAUUCAAAAUAGCAGGUUCGUCUCUGGAAAAUCAUUUCUCUUGGAAAGAGCCUUGUUUUUACAAAUGUUAUAAACUAUAUUUCUGAAAAAGUUUGAAACUUCCAAAAAUUAAGUAUUUUUACUUAUUAGACUUAAUUGAAUUUGAUUAAUAAGUGAUUAUAAAGGGGCUCAGUAGUUAAAAGCACAAACCACCCUUGCAGGGGACACUAGUGUGGUUCCUAACCCUACACAGGGCAGCACACCAGCCCUGUCAGCUCCAUCUCUAGGGGAUCUCAGACCUCUGGCUUCUGCAGCCACCUGCACUCCUGCGUAUACCUCACUGCCCCACACAUAAUUAAGUUAAAAAUUCUCAAAGGUAGUUGUAGAAAAUGUACCUCCUGCUGAAGGACUUGUGGAGCCCUGCGGUCUUUAUCACUCCUUUUCCAGUAGGGUUGUUUUAACUGUCUCAUUGGAAAGGCCUAGCCUUUAGCUUGAAUAAUCAAGUUAACCAGCUCUACCGUAUGUGAAAAUCCAUAGGCAUAGACUAUCAUUUCCAGAUAUAUUAAUAAGGGUUUGUGUGCAAUGUAUUUUGCUCACAUUUAUGCUUUCCCUGGGUACUCCUUUUAUGGCUGUGCCUCACUAAAUGAUGUGGAAAUAGUGUUCUUUACAUAAUAUGUUCUAGUACAUAAUAGUGAAAGAGGAACUAUUGUUCUCAUAGUUACGUGUGUUUAUCCUGUUAUAAAAUACCCGCUAUAAACUAAUGUUUAUAAUGUAUUUCUAGUGUAAACUGAACUGACGUGACAUUGUGCUUACUGAUUGUCUAGAGAGAAGAGAAGGGAUCCGCAGCUUUAAUGUGGAGCUCCUAGAGAGCGAGCAUAUAAUUUAGGUCCACCUCAGAACUACUGAGAUAAAAAGAAUAUAGAUCACUAUUGUCUUCGAAGCAAUUGGAAUGUCUCUAAAUGGUUAAAAAAAAAAGUGGACAUGAUAUUUUACCUAGAGGAAAUUAAAAUAAGACUGUAGGUUGUACUUGAUUUUGGUUCCAGAAUAAAAAGACAAGUUGUUGAAGGACUGUUGUUUAUUCCUGAUUGCAAAUGAGAAUGUUAUGUCUGAAUUCUGGUUAGUAUCUGAUGUAUGUCUUAACCCAUUUCAACAUGGAUCCAUACCCAUUACACAACCAUAAAGCGCAGAAAUACAUCAUAUAUGUUGGGUAAAUAUAUAUUGGAUGGAGUUUUCAGCAUAGAAGCAAGCAGUUAUCCUAGAAAAGAACUGUAUUACCAACUUAGGAAGUAAAUUGUGUUUUAUAAUGAGUUACCCUGACCCCUUUUCUGCCUGUUUUCUGAGUAUUAUUUCCAGUAGUAUUUAGUAUAGAUAUGCACAUUUAGUGUGUAUGUGCUACCUGAUAUAGGGUAUGAUUUUAAUACUAUUUGAAACACAGAGUCAUCUUAAUAAUUAUAGUAGAAGUAUUGAUUUGUGAUACUUUAAUUAUGAAAUUUCAGCUGGUUAGAAACAUCUGGUGUUCAGCUAUUUUACCUCUAUGAAGGAAUGAAUUACUUGUAUUUGGGUGAUUCUUAUGUAUUUGAAUUUGAUGGCAAUAUGUUGUUGAGACAUACAUAAUAAAUUAGAUAUUGAUGAUAUUUUUAAUAUACCCAUGAAUCCAGCACUAAAUUCUGUGAUGCCUGGAAGUUAUUUCUAAAAGUAAAUUUUGUGAUAAUUUGGUAAUCUGAUAAUAGUCAUUAUUUUAAAAUAAGAUAUUGAUCAGUGGUAAUUUGUUUGUUCCUUCAGCACUGUUAAACCAAAAGUAAUUAGGGUAUAAUUUUAGUAUUACAUCUGUUUGCAUUUGGAAAUUUGAGUUUAUUUGAGCCAUGUGUUUAUCACUGUUCAAUAUGAGUAAGAAUGAAAAGAAUUCCAGUAGUUGUCUUCAUCUAUUGAUGAUGUUUUGCUGUUGAGAUUGAUGUCUGCCGUCUCUCUACCUACCUGCCCACUACAUGCUUUAUCACUCGAGCCCACUCACAUGCCUAUGAUGUAGAUGCUGAUUUUUUUUUUUUUUUUGACUGGUGGAGAAGCUGAAUUCCAGCAUCUCUGGUGACUCUCCAAAGUCCAUUCCUUUUGUCAUUGAAUGUAAAGCUGUGAGCUUUUGCUAUUCUGCCUCAAUGUCGAACUUCAUUAAGAGAAAAUAGGGAGUGAAGUUUCCAUUCUACUGGUCAGACCUUUUGUGUCAUGUUGCUGAGAACUUACAUGUUCCUGAAAAUGUUAGAAGCUUUUCAGAGGAGUACAAGUAAAAUGAUAAAUACUAAAUGGUUUCAUUACAAGACAAAUUGUUUUAAAAAAUUCUCGUUUUUUUAACUUGGAAAAAAAGCUCCAAUAACAAUAAGUUCUUAAUUAUAAGCAUUAUACAUUCUACAUUGCUUUAAAUGUAAUUCGGAGAUUGACAAAAAGGUUUCAGCUCACAAGAAAAAUGCCUUUGUUUUUAAUUACUUGGUCCCUUCAGGGGUAUUGAAUUCCCCGCAUAGGUUUUGUAUUUACUGAAAACAUUUCAUUAGGAAGGUCUCAGUGACUAGAGAGAAUAGAUAUGGCACAGUACCUUUGCAAGGUGUCUCACAUCCUACCAUUUUAAGCCUCUGGUUCCUGAAGCUGGUAUUCUUUAUGUUCUUUGGUAAGAUAAAUUCAAGUAUUUCUUGAAGUAUUUUGCCUUUGAUAUAGUUUGUUUCUAAAUUAAAGUAGAACUUUUACCCCAUUUGUGAAACAAAUUUGAGUUGUGCAACGUAGCCAAAGGUGAUAGAAUAUUUCAGUGUACCAGUAAUACAGUAUCUUAUCUACAUUUAUAUUCCUUUGUCAGUGAAAAAAAAAUGUGUUGUGUUUUCCCUGUAGUUCUAAAUAGGAAAGUACUGUCUGUAUACAUUUUUAAUGAAGUUUUUGCCAGGUGGUGACAAUGUGCUAUAUUUUGAAGUGUUCUUGUAAUUUAACUUUUUUUUACUAGUCUAGGUUAAACUUUUUACAGUUUUGUAUUUUGAACCACAAAGAUUUAUAAUUAUUCAUCUUUAUUAUUGUUUGUUUUUUAGGAAGGGUCUCAUAAUCCAGGUUAGCCUGGAAUUUGCAAUGUAGCCAAGAAUGACCUUGAACUCCUGAUUCUUUUGCCUCUACCUCUGGUCUGCUGGGAUUACAGGCAUGCUGCACCAGGCCUAGUUUAUGCAGUGCUGGGGAUAAAACAUACAACAUAGAGCUUGCCUGGCCCUGCUUAUUAUACUGUGACUCAAAAUGUUUUCCUGAGAUACAUGAAGUGAAGGUUAAUGUAAAAAUAAAAGUCACUUGUUCCAUAA